CAGACGAAAUUGUGAGAGCGGAAAUUUCAGUUUAGGCUACAGAACACAGACUCAACAUCAUUGACAUUGAGAAUGGCAGUGUCUCCAUUUGCUUGCUUAUGUAUGAUUAUUCGCACCAAAUAAACCGAUCGCGUUUUGUUCUUUUGAUCAGUAUCGAAUAAGAAAGCGAGCUUCAACCCUAGCGUUUCUACAAUCGAUUCUGAUGUUAUAUUUGUGUCGGUGUUUGCUUGAGGAUUUAGGGCUUUUCCGGGGGAUACAUACCUUCACUUGAUUGUGGUCGAUACUAACUGGACAGCAAUAAUGUAUCGAAGCACAUUUAAAAGAUCAAAUGAAAGUACCCGGAUUCUCAUCACAGCUAUCAUGGGAAUUGCCUUUGGAUUUUUUGUUGGUAUUUCUAUUUCAUCUGUGCAUUUGAGGAAGAUUAGCUUACUUUCAUCACCUGUAGGGAAUUCUUUUGAUGUACCUGUAGCCGAAGCUGAAAUAGACAGAUUUUCAGCUGAAGUAGAAAAAUCUCCAGCUGUUAUUGAUGAGUCUUCUGGAACCAAAAAUCUUGAAGUCUUAGGGUCCAUUAAAGUACCAAAGAUAUUUGUUUCAUCAAAUCCACGUGGAGCUGAAUCACUUCCCCCCGGAAUUGUUGUAUCAGAAUCUGAUUUUUAUUUACGCAGAUUAUGGGGUGAACCUAGUGAGGAUCUGAAGAAAAAGCCAAAGUAUUUAGUUACAUUCACUGUUGGUUAUGAACAGAGGCAUAAUAUCAAUGCUGCAGUGGAAAAGUUUUCUGAUGAUUUUGCAAUUUUGCUCUUUCAUUAUGAUGGUUGGACUAGUAAAUGGGAUCAAUUUGAGUGGUCAAAGAAUGCAAUCCAUGUUAGCGCAAGGAAACAAACUAAAUGGUGGUAUGCUAAAAGAUUUUUGCACCCUGAUAUAGUGGCAGCUUAUGAGUAUAUUUUUAUUUGGGAUGAAGAUCUUGGAGUAGAGCACUUCAAUGCAGACAGGUAUAUUCGUUUAGUGAAAAAAUAUGGUUUGGAGAUCUCUCAACCUGGUCUAGAGCCCAAUAAGGGAUUGACAUGGGAGAUGACAAAAAGGAGGGGUGACAAAGAAGUUCACAUGGUUACAGAAGAGAAACCAGGCUGGUGUAGUGAUCCACAUUUGCCUCCUUGUGCUGCAUUUGUGGAAAUUAUGGCACCUGUCUUUUCUCGUGAAGCUUGGCGUUGUGUGUGGCACAUGAUUCAGAAUGAUCUAGUGCAUGGAUGGGGGCUGGACUUUGCUCUCAGAAGAUGUGUAGAGCCAGCACACGAAAAAAUUGGAGUAAUUGAUUCAGAAUGGAUUGUUCAUCAAGGAAUUCCUUCUCUCGGGAGGCAGGGAGAGGCUGACAAAGGAAAAAACCCUGGGGAUUUGGUCCGAGCCAGAUGCAAAAGUGAAUGGGCCCAGUUUCAAGUUCGCCUAACCAAUUCUGAUAAGGCCUAUCUUGAAGGACUUAAACGUAAUGGGAAGAAUUGAUAUAUGGAUCCAUCUUCCUGUUGUACAUUUUUUAUGUACACUCUAAAUGGUAGUAUUUGUUUUGUUUUGUAUUGUUUUCUCCCUCAGGUGCGUGCGUAUUUUUCUGAUCCAUCUUUUUUGAGGAAUUAAUUUGUACCAGAUGUAAUUCAAUCAGUUUUAUGUUAUUGAUUAACUUUCUAAUAGCCGUUAGAUCGAAA